AUGGAAUUCAUCCAUGUAUUUCCCGAUUGGAUGGGUCACUCAAAUGAGGACAUUAUUAGGGCAAUACGAGCCUACAAAACUGCUGCAGAAGAGCGUGCUGCUGUUAGAAAAGAAUGUGCUUCUUCACUCUUAUCUUUCCUAGAUCUUAACCACACCAAUCAGUACAUUGUGGGACUAGCUCUUUGUGCUUUGGGUAAUACAUGUUCUGCAGAAAUGGCUCGUGAUCUUGCACCUGAAGUUGAAAGAUUGCUGCAAUUUCGAGAUCCAAAUAUUCAAAAGAAAAAAUGCACAGAGGUGUUGGUGAAAGUUUUGAAGGAUGUUGUCAACAACGCAUAUGCUCCUGAAUAUGAUGUUUCGGGUAUUGCAGACCCUUUUCUUCGUAUAAGACUGCUUCGCCUUUUGCAUGUUUUGGGCCAUGGAGAUGCUGAUGCUAGUGAUUCCAUGAAUCACAUUCUUACCUAGGUGGCAACAAAAACUGAGUCAAACAAGAAUGCAGGGAAUGCAAUACUUUAUGAAUGUGUAGAAACCAUUAUGAGCAUUGAAGAUAGCAGUGGU